AUGAAGAUAGACAUAGGAGUAGACAAUAAAUGCGGAGAUUUUGUGACGUAUAUGAAAGAUGAAGCUUUCAAUUCUCAACUACAUUACAUAUCUGCCAUCAGCUCAUUUCCCAUAUCUAAAAUGAUGGAAUUACUGCCAUUAUCAGGAAACGAAACAAUUUACGAAAGUGUUAACGUACUGUCUUCUGUAGAUUUAAGUGAUUUGAAUAGAUGCAUCCGUUCAUUAUAUCAAAGAAUCAUAUUCAGCCCUCUUCCUAAACAAAGCGAUGCCAAUACCGAUGACAGUAACAAUUCCAAUAACGCUAAUAUGCAAAUGGAAACUGGAAAGAUUAAGACAGACAGACAUUGGAUAUGUAUCGAGGGAAUACAGACCAUGUUCCAGUACUCUCAACUGAAAGAUCCGGUGGAAGCACACGCUUCACUGAAUGAUACGAUGCUCCGGCUUCGUCUGUUACAGAAUAAGUGCCCAUCGAUCGAAAUACUAUUCCUACUCCCCCCGCAUGAAGCCCCAGAAUUCAUACAAUCGCUACAGGAGCAUGAUAUUUCAAGAAAUAACAUACCUCAUAGACGACAAGGGAAGAGAUUCAAGAGAGACAACACAGGUAUUCUCAUUGGAGACUAUAUCUGGAAGUACUAUAUCUAG